AUGAAUCUAUUUAUUUUCAGUGAUCAAUUCGGUACAGAUUUAACUUCUGUUGAAGCAGCAUUUAAAAAACAAGAAGCUAUUCAAACAGAUAUAGCUGCAUUUGAAGAACGUCUACAAAAUAUCAUGGCAAUUGCGAAUGAACUUAAAACAGAAGAUUAUCAUGAUUAUGCGACAAUUGAAGCACGAAAAAAGAAUGUUGAAAUGCAUUGGGAAUAUUUAGUUAGUCUAGUUACAAAACGACGACAAUGUCUUGAACUUGCUUAUAAUUUACAACGUGUUUUUCAAGAAAUGCAAUAUAUUUUUGAAUGGAUAACUGAUUUAAAAUGGCGAUUAAAAUCGGAUGAUAUUGAAAAAUAUGUUAUGUCAGCUGAUGAUCUUCUUCAACGACAUUCAUUAAUUGAAGCUGAUAUAUAUGUUAUUGAUGAACGUUUAAAACGAGCUAUAACUGAUGCUGAUGAAUAUCUUAAUCCUGAAGUUAAUAUUGAUGGUUAUCGUCCAGCAACACCAGAAGAAAUUGAAGUACGUAUACAUAAUUUACAAAAAGCAUAUGAAGAAUUAAUUGAAUUGGCACGUAAACGUCGAGAAUUAUUAGAACAAGCAAAAAUAUUAUCGAAAUUUUAUUCCGAUAUUGGCGAUGCUGAAUUAUGGAUUGAUGAAAAACAACAAGCAAUGACAUCACCAGAUAUGGGUCAUGAUGUUAAUUCAACGGAUAGUUUACUUUCCAAACAUAAAUUAGUUGAAACAGAUAUGACGACAAGGUAUAAUCAAUUAGAAAACUUAACUAAUCAUGGUGAUUCUAUGAUAAAUCAAGGUCAUUUUGCUGCGAAAAGAAUAAAUGAACGUUUAGAUAUGUUAAAAUUAAAAUGGGAUAAUUUAAUUGGAAUCUCAUCAAAUCGUCAACAAAAUUUAAAUCAAACACAUGAUUAUUAUCAAUUUUUUUCUGAUGCUGAUGAUAUUGAUACAUGGAUGCUUGAUAUGUUAAAACUUGUUUCAAGUGAAGAUAUUGGUCGUGAUGAAUUAUCAGCACAAACAUUAUUAAAAAAACAUAAAGAUACACAAGAUUUAUUGGAUAAUUAUCGUAAAACAAUUGAUGGUUUUAAACAAAAUAAUCUUCAAACAUUAUCUCCUGAAAAACAAACAUUACCUGAUGUUCAACAACGUUUACAAUCGAUUGAACGUCGUUAUAUUGAAUUACUUGAAUUAGCAAAAUUACGUAAACAAAAAUUACAUGAUGCUAUAUCAUUAUUUCGU